AUGCCCAUCCCCUCCACCUUCAUCACCACCCAAACCGACGCCCAGCGCGCCGAUCUCCGCAACAUGUUCGCGUCGAAAGGUAAAGGCUACGAGCAAGAGCUCUACCACCGUGAUCGCCACUCGUACCACGUCUUCAGGGUUCUGUACUGGCAGCUCAUCUUCUACGAUGAAAAGUAUGGUGUUCCCGCGGAGCCUCGAUCAACGUCGCCGAUGUCGUCACUGGUGCAUAGUAGGCCGAUGGAUGCGAUUAGGGAGGGGUCUGUCGAGGCUGAGGUACCUGAUGGUGCUGGUUGGUCUGAUGAUUCUAUACUAGUGGCUUCGCCGACGUUCUCGGAGAUGAUUGGGGAGUUUCCGGAUGUGCCGGGGGGUGGGUGA